CCUUCAUGAAUAUUCAAAAGAAGCCUUGCACUAGUCACUCCACGAGGCCUCACCCAUCGGCGUUUCUCAAAAAGAAAGUGUUAUCUUGUUGCAGAUAUUGUUGACUCGCUACUUAUAAACAUCGAUGCAUGGGAUAUUUGCUGCAGGUCACGGAUGAUCCGGUUACAACCUGGGGGAGAUAGCUAACUUACCGGCUUAUUGACAGUGUGUGGAUACACUAUAUAAAGACACCAGCUCUCAACAUUUCAGUCAGUAAACCAUCUAAGACUUGUCUGCUGGGAUUGUACUUAACGGCUGAUUUAAAACAGAUUCCGUUAGCGUAGACAACUGACCUGACGCCAACCAAAUUUGCCUUUAGUAGAAGCUGGGAGGUUUCUUUCAAGAUAACGUUAGUGUCUACGGUGAGCCGAUUAUACACAGCAUUAGAACCAGUGAGGUAGGCUACUUGAGCUAGCUAACGUUAUCCCUCCAGGCAAAUCUACCGUCUGCCUGAACAACGCCUGUCCUCUGUCGUCUUUUCAGAAGCGAAUCAAGCUGUCAAGAUGAUGCAAAUAUAUGAUUCCUACAAUCAAAAGAACUCUUUGUUCAACUCCAUGACUCGCUUCAUAGGCGCUGUAAACAACAUGGACCAAACUGUAAUGGUGCCCAGUCUUCUCAGAGAUGUGCCGCUUGAGGAGGAAAAGGAUGUUAACCCUGUACGGACUAGUGCCACCAAUGGUUCGGCUACCUACUUCCCAGACAUGUACGGUGACUACGUACUGUUAAAGUCUAUCCGAAAUGAUAUCGAAUGGGGAGUUCUUCAGGCUGAGGAAAGGCGAAAAGAAAAACUUGGCGUAAACGCUUUGGAGAUGACUCGUGUCGAGCCAGACGACGAGGACUUGGAGAAGCUUUUUCACUUCCAUUUGAGUGGGUUGCACACGGUUCUGUCCAAACUGACCCGUAAAGCAAACACCCUCACCAACAGAUACAAACAAGAAAUCGGAAUUGGUGGUUGUGGGCUUUAGGUGGCCAGUUCACCUCCCAGCGAGGGUUUCGCGGUGAUCAUACCAAAAAGAAUACAUCGCGAAGUUGUGGAAGCGAGGCGGCGGUCUGUCCUGGUGGUUCUUAACGAAUCUGUUAUUCCUUGGAUUGGGAAGAGAAGAUGUACUUGACAUGAAUGCUCUGCACUGGUGUCUCCUGCUGUGCUGUUUUGUUUCAAUACGAUGCUAUGUUUGCUGUUGGCACACUGAACCGAGAUAUACGUGUCUAAUAAGGUUGAACAUAAUAUUAAUGAUAGUUUAUUUCAAAUACAUGCGAUGUAUAUAUUGAGACUAUAUCAGUGUUAGCCUUUCUCAUGUAGUGAUAUUAUAAAGGCAGCAGACUUUGGCUGAUGCCGGACUAGACAGUUUGCGCAAUUAACUGGCAGCAUACUUAUCACCAUACUUACAAUCCUAAGGUUGUAAUGACAUCUAAUGCUAGGGACAUAAAACAGUUCUGAAUAAUCUAUGAAAUGGAACACUAUGAUGUUUCUGUACUGCAAAUGUAUGGCAGAUUGAUCGAUUCCACGAGAUUGUAUAGAACAAGUCCCUGUUUUGCUUAUUGUGUGAAUAUUUAAAUGCCAUGUUUUUCUACUGAGUUGCUGGUCAAGAAAAUAAAAAAUUCUGUUUUGUAAGUAUACAAAUCAGUUAUGUGUGACAUUAA